GCGGGAAGCUCGCGUUAGGACCCAGCGGCUCCGGGGCUGGAGGGCGGGCGCCAGCCCCGUCGGGGGCCCGGAGGGGGACUCGGAGCGGGCCAAGGGGCGGCUCCGGCGGGCGGACUCGGAGCGGGCGGCGGAGUGACCCGGACAGCUGUCCUCUCUGACACCACCCUGGCCUGCCUCUUUUUUGCCAUGAGAGCUGCCUACCUCUUCCUGCUAUUCCUGCCUGCAGGCUUGCUGGCUCAGGGCCAGUAUGACCUGGACCCGCUGCCGCCGUUCCCUGACCACGUCCAGUACACCCACUAUAGCGACCAGAUCGACAACCCAGACUACUAUGAUUAUCAAGAGGUGACUCCUCGGCCCUCCGAGGAACAGUUCCAGUUCCAGUCCCAGCAGCAAGUCCAACAGGAAGUCAUCCCAGCCCCAACCCCAGAACCAGGAAAUGCAGAGCUGGAGCCCACAGAGCCUGGGCCUCUUGACUGCCGUGAGGAACAGUACCCGUGCACCCGCCUCUACUCCAUACACAGGCCUUGCAAACAGUGUCUCAAAGAGGUCUGCUUCUACAGCCUCCGCCGUGUGUACGUCAUUAACAAGGAGAUCUGUGUUCGUACAGUGUGUGCCCAUGAGGAGCUCCUCCGAGCUGACCUCUGUCGGGACAAGUUCUCCAAAUGUGGCGUGAUGGCCAGCAGCGGCCUGUGCCAAUCCGUGGCGGCCUCCUGUGCCAGGAGCUGUGGGAGCUGCUAGGGUGAUGCUGGCAUCCUGAGUCCUGGCCCUCCUGGGAUCUGGGGCCCUCGGGCCCUGCCUGACCUGGUGCUUUUUUCCCCAUCCCCAUGUUCCUUUUAUUCUGUAAAAAGUUAGUGGACUGCAGCCCUGGGGGUUGCAGGCUGCGGUGCCUCAGGCCCCUCCUUCAGCCUGUGGCCACCUCUGGGGCACGAUGGGGGCUCCCCACUGCCCAGUCUGCCCCUCGGGUUGGGGGAGUAUCCCAGGCCUCUCUGUGGGACCUGGGCCCCUGACGGGCCUUCUCAGCCCGUUUUGAGGACAGACAGUCCCCCAUUUACAGUCCCCCGAGGUAGGCUACGUCCCCCCACCCCAGCUGGUCUGCUUGGAUUUCCUACAGCCCCCGUGGGCAUGGACCACCUUUAUUUUAUACAAAAUUAAAAACAACUUUUUACAAAA